AUGCGGCAUGCCCUGUUGAAUGGGUUUUUUUUGCUAAAAAGAAACGAUCGAUUCCGUUUCCUUCUUCCUCCCUUAUCUGUCUUCUGUGAACGCUCCCCAAAAAAACCCUCGCGUUCAUCACUUCUCCGGCCGUCGUCCUCUUCUCCGCUCCGUCGCAUCCUCCGUCGAACCCUCUUUGUUCGAUUUCUUCUCCCACGUAAAACCCUAGAUUUUUCUAACAGAUUUUCAUUGCAGGUGAAGCUCGAUUUCUUCUCCACUCCGUCUCUCUCUCUCUCUCUCUCUCUCUCUCUCUCUCGACGGACCACCAUUUCCACCCACCAAGAUCGAUUUGCUGGUGUAACAUCGAUUUGCAGGCGAAGCAUCAGGCUCGAUUUGCAGGUCAAACAUCGAUUUUCAGGUGAAGCAAGUCGACCACCAUUGCAGCUCUCAAAGAUCGAUUUUCAGGAUCAAGUUACAUACAAGUUUGAGUGAAGAGGUCCAUGCUGCCAUUAAAUCAAGAUGACAACGAAGUUUUGAGAGCUUGAAUGGUACCAAUAUUGUUUUGACAUUAUUACCCUUUGUAGAAUAGGAUUCUACUUACUAGAUUGGUGAUAUCUAUAUUUGAAGCUAAAGGAUGCCAAGUUUAUUGUAAAUUGUUAUUUCAUUAGUAAUAUGUAUUUGUAUUUGAUAUUUUUUUUAGGUUUAUGAGGUUUAUUGUAAUAUUAUUUGAUUUGUGGUUGA